AUGGCUACCAUAUUGCUGCUUAUAAGCUUCUCCUUUUUGAACGUGUUGCCAGCGAAUUGCUUUUCCGGCUGGUAUGAUAUUGAAGAAGUCAGGAAUACGCUUUACGAGCCAGAUAUCUCAUCGGUCUUGGCAGGGAUCAAUCCGACUUUCAAUCUCAGCAGUUUGUCGGUAGAUAAUAAAGAAAGUGUGUUGGAGCAAAUUUAUGAAGAAAUGCCUACGAAAGAUGAUAAGAGCUACAUUUUCAUCAAAAGUAAAACUGGGCAGAUUUUCGCCUGCAAACUUCCGGUGCCGAAACCAAAGGAGAAACCUCAAGAAAUCAGUUACAAUCCCAAAUAUCUGGCAGAAUUGGUAUCGGCGAGUUUCUAUGUGAAGAACUGCAUCACAAAGGAUCUUGGAUGGUGGAAGUACAAACUCUGCAGAGGUAUUGAUGUGAAACAAUUUCAUGGAGCAAAGAAUGAAGCAGCACAGAUUACAAACUCGCUAGGAAUUUUCUUAGGAAAAUACGCAAUGCCUCAGUAUCAGACUUCUACAACUGAUCGUCUGAUGUAUCUGGAGGAACAGUAUGAAGGAGGCACCCUGUGUGAUUUGCCGGAUAAGAAGUCAGCAAGGAAGACAGCAGUGAGAGUGAGUUUCUGCUUAUUUGGGUGCCUGUGGAGGUCCUGCAUUUUCCCACGAGGGCUUUUAUAACA